AUGCCUCGCCUUCUGUUACUCCCGUCAUUAUUGCUGGUUCUGCUAGCGUCCUGUGUAUCUCCGCUGGUCAUCGAGAGUCCCGUCUGUCGACUGCUGACACAUGUGUCAAGCGAGUUUACGAACCUCACGGUACUGGAAUCCGGUGGACUUCAGGACUACCCAAUUGUGCCAGUGUGGCCGUUCACAGCUUGUGAGCCUCUACGUGGUCAGAACUUGACGGGAAAAGUGGCGCUUGUGCUUCGUGGGGACUGUAAUUUUGUGCAGAAAGUGUGGCAUGCUCAACGCGCGUUAGCAGCUGCUGUGGUGGUGAUGGACAAUGAGCUUCGACACGAACCACCGUACCACAUUAUCAUGAUGAAGGACGACAUGGCCAGCAGACUUCGCGUCCCAUCAGUGUUCGUUCCGUACACAUCCGGCGAGUGGCUGCUGGAUGCUAUAAGUCGCGCGGUUCCGUGGGAUCCACUACGAGUGACAGUUAGUGUCAGUGGAGAAUUGCCGCGACCGUCGACGCCGAACCGCUGGUUGAAGCGCGUGAUUGCCUACAUUUUUCUCAUCUCCUUUGUCUGUGCGCUCUCGAGCGGACUGGGCUUGCUUUCGUCCGCCAUAUUCCAGUGGGUUGGAAAGACUCGGCGAUCUCGUGUCGCGAAGCAGCUGCCGAUUGCUAAGUAUGAGCGCAACAUGCAACGCACUCUGCUCGCACAUCUGUUAAAAAGCCAAUUUGUGGUAGAUCGUCUUCCAUUUACUGCGAUCGAAAACGUUGCCCAUUUUGGUUGUGAUAACCAUCCGCAUGCGGACAGCGACUCUGUUGUGGUCACUACCGAUGCAAGUGCGAGCACGAACAAGAUGACGCAGACAGUUGCAAGUGGUGACAAUUGUUUCAUCGAGGAGGAAGGAAAACACGUGCAGCAAGAAAAGAGGUUGAUCAUGGACGAAAUGACCUACCAGAGCUCCAGCGGCUCGGACACCGAAACUUGCUCAAUAUGUUUGGAUGAUUUCGAGGAUGGGGCGGACGUGAAAGUCCUCCCUUGUCAGCAUUUUUUUCAUGUGGACUGUAUUAACCCGUGGCUUGAAGGCCAGAGCGGACGCUGCCCCCUUUGCAAGCAAGACGCGAUUGCCACUGUUUCUGGUGAGGCCAAGAAAGUUUUUGGCUUCGCGCUGCCUAGGAUUGACCAAAUCCUUCAACAAGAACAUUGGGUUCACACGUUCUUCCUCAUGUUGCCUGCAAGCUUCAUCAGUUGCCUUCUUGUCAAUGUUGCCGCAUCUAUCAUUGGCACUGUGUGGCCAUGA